AUGCAUCAUCUCGAGCAGGCACUAUCGCGUAAGAAAAGCAGCAGCUGGCUGUCGCUUCUUAAAGACGGUCGGAAGGGAGGCAGUUCCAAGUCCACGUCAGUAGCAGCUACAGCCGAACCUACGUCAGCAGCAACCAAAGCGCAUCAUGUCCCGCUAGGCGAGGAGAUUCCAGAGGAGGCUCGGGUCAAGCCUAGCCGAACCUCCAGCGGAGGCUCGUUAUUGGACUGGAAAGGGAAGGGCAAGAAGGAUAAGCCUAGGAGCUAUGCAUUGGGGAAGAGCGAACCGGGCGCGCCUGCCGUAACUAUCGAGGUUACUAGGGCCAUUGUCGACGAUGAUUGCCCUCCUCUUUCGUCUCCUUCCUCCACCGCUGUCUCCUCCGUUCCUUCCGGCUCCUCCCUCUCGUCCUCCUCUUCCCGUUCCACCUCAGCACGCUCCUCACUGGACCGUCCGUUUAACGGAAGCCCCGCAAUAGACCGUUCUGGUAGAGACGAUGAGUCGCCUAUGGCUCUCCAAACGGCUGACUCCCUGCGCAUCCACAGAAAGGCCAAGGAAGCUUCGUCGAAGCAGCACGACGGCACCUCGCCAGUCCCGCAGCUGAAGCUUCGGAUAGAACCGCCAGUCCCUAGCCUCGAAGGGACCGACCGAACCUCGGGCGCGAGCAGCCGAGUUAGCAGCAGCGGAAGCGAGAGCGGGAGCGCGACCGCCAGCAACGGCCGGCACGGCGGGACGAACGGCGCAACCAGCGCGAGCGUAACGAGCAGCAGCAGGGGUAGCAUCGGCGGCGCGAACAGAGAGCGGGACCGGAGCAGGGGUAGGGACGGCUCUCUUAGGGUUGUAUCGCUCCUAGGGGCGGCGACGGAGGUGGUGGCGACGCUAGGGUUGCAGCAUCUGCUCGUGGGGCGAUCGCACGAGUGCAAGUUCCCGCCGUCCGUGCUCGCGCUGCCGUGCGUCACGGCGCCCGCGUCGGGAUCGGUCGUGGAGGGGCCAAGCUGCGGCUCCGCGCACGACACGCUGUCGCAGCGCUUGCGGAAGAGCCUCUCCCGAUACCACGUGGACGUGGAAGCAAUAAAACGACUGCAGCCAGAUGUGAUUAUAACGCAGGACGCGUGCGACGUGUGCCUCGUGACUGUAGCGGACCUCGAGGCGGCGUGCGCGGAGUACUUCAAGCAGCGCGAAGACUCGGGACACGUGUGCCACGUGGUGUCGCUCAAGCCAAUCACGAUCUCGGACGUGUGGGACAACAUGGUUCAGGUCGCAGCGGCGGUGGGGCACAGGGAGAAAGGCUGCGUGCUCGUGCAGACUCUCAAGGCGCGCUGGUCGCUCGUGCGGAGACAGGUUCCACUCCGCGGAUCGUCUCCGCGCGUGCGCGUGGUGUGCCUGCAGUGGCUGCGCCCGCUCAUGGGCGCGGGAUUCUGGGUUCCGGAGAUCGUCGCUUGCGCGGGAGGCAAGAGCCUGUCGGGGAAGCCCGGGGAGCGCACGGCCAUGCUAACUUUGGAAACACUUCUAUCUCUGGACCCUGACGUCAUCAUCGCCAUGUGCUGCGGCUUGUCCAUGGAAGCGGUUUUAAGAGAGUUUCUUAGCCUGGACGAUUUGCCCCAGUGGAACCGGUUAAGAGCGGUUCAGACGGAUUCCGUCUUCGUUGCUGACGGCGACCGUUACUUUAACAACUCGGGGCCGACUAUAGUCGAGUCGGCGGAGAUCAUGGUGGAGAUUCUACAUGCGCGCCGGUUCCCAAACCACAGAACCGCAGUGAACCGCUCUGGCGCCACUGCUGGCGCUGAUAAUGACGCCCCGUUUUCCUCUUUCCGCAACAACCGCGUGUUGGGCUCGGGACACGUGGCAGCAGGCGCGGAAUCUCCGGAGAUCGAGAUUAAGUACGAGGGGAGGGCGUACGCGCAGUUAACGGGCGGGUGCGUGGGCGCGUGGCGCGCGCUGCUGGGGGAUGGCGGAGGGGUCGACCAGGGGGGAGGAAGCUGGGGAAAACUGGAUGUGGGGAAGGGGGGGAAUGUGGGGAGCGGUACUGCGGGGGAAAAGGGGAGCGGGAGCGUAGGGGAGGGGGAGGGGUGGUUUGCGCAAUUGGCGUCGGAAGCAGCGGCUAAGGGGGCGAAGGAAGCGGCGCGGGAGGCGACUUUGGUGGCGAAAGCGGCGGGGAAACAGCAGGGGACGCAAGGGCAAGGGAGCAGCAAGGGAGAGUUGGCGAAGGUGGUAAACAACGACGCGUUUAUUGCUCCUCUUCGCCCGCCUCCUGGUUACACGGGAAGUGUUACAACAGCCAGCAGCAGCGCCACUGCCGCCGCCGCUGCUCCUGUCGGCGCGGCGCUCAAGGCGGCGCAGCUGCGCGCGCUCUUCCUCGCGACCAUAGAGGACUCGCUCCCCGCGGACUGCCUUCUCCUCUCGGGCGGGCUCGCCUCCACCAUCAUUGCGCACGCUGCCACCUCGCUCAUCUGGCCAGGCAGCAUCGCCGCCGCUAUCACCGUCGUCGCGAGCCCCAAGGCCGCGGACAGGCUCCCCGCGGCGGCGGCCGCGCGCGGAUGCCAGCUGGGCGCGGGGAUGGGCGCGGGGGGGAGCGGGGGGCAUGUGUUUGUGGGGGGCGGGCCGGGGUUUCAGCCGGAGCAUCUGUUGGAGACGGAAUUGCGGUUCGUGGUGCGGGUAUUGAAGAGUUUCGACCCUGCUGAGAUCCGCAUGGGCGUGGUGCUGGCGGCGGGAUUGAGGGAGGCCAAGCGGCAGGGGUUCUGCUCGGUGAUGGUGGGCGAUGGCGCAGACGAGCUGUUCACAGCGUUCGACUUCAUGGUGCGAAUGAGCGAUGCCAAGCUACAGGAGUGUCGGCAUCACAUGGUGGAUGUGCUGCGCUUCCCCUGCCGCGACCUCGCCCAGGCACUGGGUCUUGAGGUUCGGCAGCCGUUCCUGCACCCGGCCCUGCAGGAGUUCGCCUUGGGGCUGACCAAGGACGAGCUGCUGGGGGAGGGGCGCAGUGAGGAGUGGUGUGACUAUAACGAGGGCAACCUGCUGCUGCGCAUGGCCUUCCCAGAAGUGUUGUCCGCCCGCCGGCCCAAGGACCCCAUCGAGGUGGGAGCCGGCACAGUGGCACUAACACGCCAUUUUGCCAGGAGGAUGGCACGGGAGGAGUUUCAGGCAGAAAGGCAGAGGGUGAAGAGGGAGGACCAGGUUCGGAUACGGGACCCCGAGCAUCUGCACUACUACCAAGCCUUCCGCCAGGUGUUUGGCGGGCCUGUGCUCCCAGGGGUGCAGCGCUGGCAGCCCAACGCCUGCUCUGCCUGCGGCUUCCCGCCUCUCUUCCCAGAUCAGCUCCUCUGCGCCACCUGCGGCGAAUGCUCCACUCGCAAACCCUCCUCCCGCCGCCGCUCCCAACCCAACAACACCGGCCCUGGUGCUGGCGGUGCUGGGAUUGGUGCUGGGGACGUUGGGGCAGGCGCAGAUGGGUUCGGAGUGGUUGGAUUGGGCGGAUUGGAAGGGGCGCAUGGGAGGGGCCAGUCAGGUGGGACUGGUAGCGGUUCUAACAGCCGGGGGAGGUUGAGUGAUGUGCCACGCAGCCCCCGCCGCCCCUCCACCCCCCCUCGAGGGUCCUCUCCCAGUGGUGCUUCCCCUUCCAGUGCUGGCAACAGCGGGAGGAAGCAGCGGGGCUGUUGGGGCAACGCGGGAGCGGGAGGAGGGGUAGCGGGAGGGCGAGAGGCGUUUGGAGCGGUGGAGAGGGAGGGGUGUGGGGAGGGAGGGGAGGUGGGGGAGUGGGGGGAGCAAGUGGUGGUGGAGGUGGCAGAGGAGGUGUGUGCGGCUCUGUCAGUGGUGGAUCAAGCUCUAGCGGGGGUGGCAUCUCCUGAUCGAACCUUGCCUGUGAAACACGCCCUAGGAACAAGCAGCAGCAGCAGGAGCAGCAACAGCAGCAGGAGUUGCACGAGCAACAGUGGCUCCAUAAAUAACGUGCAUCCGAUGAGCAACAUCCACGCGUUGCUGCUCUCAACCUACUCGCACCCGCCCUCUGCGGCUUCAGCUCUCCACCAUUCCGACUCACUGCUCUCCCUUGUUGCCUGUGUGGACGGCGGGUUGAGUGUCUGGGGUGAUAUUAUCGGCUCAAGCCAGUGCAGCGACGAGCCUGAAGGCGAUAGUGACUAUAACGGGCGGGAUAAUAACGAGGAAAAGGAGAGGUGUCGGAGCGAGGGCGGGCAGAGGAGAGGCAGCCGGAGAGGGGGUAAGGGGAGGCGGAUGGGAGAGCGAGGAGGGGCGAUCGGUGGGGGAGGGUCGAUGGACGGUUUAGAUCGUGAGGAUGCGGAUGCGAUUACCGAGGGAACGGAGAUGUGGAGCGUAACGGAUGCGACGACAGAAGUGGCGGGGUUUAGUGAGAGUGACGAGUGGGGCGAUGGGGAUGGGGAUGGGGACGGGGAUGGGGACGGCACACAUGAAGGGCUUAGCAGCAGCGGCAGUUUCUCGGACUGUGCUAGUAGCUUUUCAGGGAGGGAAGUGGGGGCAGAGGCGCUUGGGGUUGGGGCAGGCGGGGAGAAGGGAUAUGUGCUGAGUGGGGAUGAUUGGGGGGACAGUGGCCAUGGCAGUGGAAGAUAUUUGACAAAGGGAGUGGAGGCAGCACCGAAGUACAGGACUGUGCUGACUGGAUGUGCUGCCUCGGACGGCAACAGGGCGCAGAGACGUGUUGGGUUGAGGCUGACCGACCUAGGAGGGGGAGGUGAACGAGAGCAGAAGGGGGAUGAGAGGGGAGAAACGAGGGGAGAGAGCCAGGGAGAGGGAAAUGGAGAGGAGGGAGAAGGGAGGGGAAAGGGGAGAGAGGAGGAGGACGCCUACAGCAUAUGCAGCAGGGAGUGGAGAUGGCUUGAGAUGUCCGAUCGCAUGCUGCAGCGAUUGAAGGACUCUGUUGGGCCUGUCAUGACCGCACACCAGGACAUGGCUGCAAACUAUGACUUGCACCAUCACAACUCACAGCAUGAGUCACCACCCGCUAGAGUCACUCCCGCUAGAGUCAACCACUCUGCUUCGAACGAGGUGGCGCAACAGCAGCAGGCGGGAAGUGGCAGCAGAAGCAGAAGCAGAAGCAGUGGCGUUGACAGCAGUGGCGCUGACAGCGGCGGCGAUGCCAGGGAGGCAGAGCCGGGUGAGGAGGGUAGAGGGAGGGAAGAGCAGGUGACAGCUGGUGGAGAGGCCAGUGGGAUCGACGGGGCGAGUGAGGGUUGCAGGGGAAACGGUGGUGUGGAGAGUGGAGAUACUGGCAGCAUGGACGCGUUGCAGCAGAUGGUGGUUAUGCUGAAGGGAGUCAAGCAAUCUCUGCAGUGGAGCCAUGAAAGCGCCAAGUUUCAAGCGAUUUUCGACAUGUCCAUGGAUCCCAUUCUCAUCAACACAGUGGAUCUAAUACCGCAUGACCUCAAUCCCGCCGCCGCCCGCAUCCUCGGAUUCCCCUCCACUUCUGCCGCCCUGGCAAAUCUGCGCAAGGGCUACCUCCUCGAACACUCCCCCGUGCGACAGCCGUGCGGGCGGCAAAGUUUGGAGCUAUUCAAGGAGCUAAAGGCAGAGCUGAUGGAGAGAGGGGAGUGUGCACCUUUCGAGUGGGUGCACAUCCGAUUGGAUGGCUCAGAGUUUCACGUGCUCGCGAAGGUCAAGCUGGCAAUCAUAAACAACGAGCACUUUCACAUGUCGGUGUGGCACGACAUCACAGAGAUGAAGCGCAAGGAGGAGGAGCUGAAGGCGGCCAAGGAGGCGGCGGAGGCGGGCAACGAGGCGAAGAACCGGUUCCUGGCGAACAUGAGCCAUGAGCUGCGCACCCCCAUGAAUGGCGUCAUCGGUGUCGCCGAGCUGCUCCUCCGCACCCCCCUCACCCCGCAGCAGCGCUCCUACGUCGACGUCAUCUCCUCCUCCGGCAACGCGCUCAUCCAUAUCAUCUCAGAUGUGCUGGAUAUUACCAAGAUUGAGACCAACUCGCUGCUGCUGGACUGCUGCCCGUUUAACCUUCGGGAGACGGUGGCUGAGUGCGUGGAGGCAGUCAGGCCAGCUGCAGAGAACAAGAAACUCGCGUUGCAGAGCAGCAUGGGCGGGGGCGUGCCGGAGUGGGUGGAGGGCGAUCAGCUGCGGGUGAGGCAGAUCCUCCUCAAUCUGCUCUCCAACGCCAUCAAGUUCACUGACCACGGCCGCGUCCUCCUCUCCGCCGCCCUCUCUUCCAACCCCUUCGACCAUGAAACUGAGAAACCCGUCGACCCUGAAAGCGCAGAACCCCUCGACUCGCCCCUUGAGUCUGGGGAACAGCCGGGUGGGGUUGUGUCUGCAGGGAGGAAGCGGCGGCAUGGUGAGACAGAGAAGGGAGCAGAAGGAGCUGUUGUGUCUGCAGGAAAGAAGCGGAGGCAUGGUGAGACACAACAGGUGCGAGCAGAAGUCACAGAGUGCAGGGGCAGUGGUGGGGCUUCUAAGAAACGAGCUUGCCUCUCUGCUGAACCCGAGGCAGGGGUUGGAGCAGACGCAGGGGUAGUAGCAGAUGCAAGGGAUUUGGCCGCAGAGGAAGCUGUGAUGGGCGCAGCAGCAGCAGCAGCAGAAGCAGAGCCAGGAGCUGCAAACGCUGCAUACAGUGAAGAGCAAGCUCGGCUUGGGAGAGCUCUCAACGAGGGGUAUAGCGGCAGUGAGCGGAGUGGAAGUGGUGAGCGUAGUGGGAGUGGUGAGAGUGUGGAACCUGAGUUCAUGGCUGUGGCUGCAUCAGCCGCAGCUGAUGCUGCAGCAGGCGAUGGUGUGUUUUCGAUCACCUCUCUGCACCCCCUCGCCCCUGCGCGAGAGGGGAUCUCUACCGAUGCACUCACGCGGCUGUUCACGCCGUUCCGGCAGGUGGACGACUCGUCGUGCCGCAAGCACGGCGGCACGGGCCUGGGUCUCUCCAUCUGUCGCUCGCUCGCGGCGCUCAUGGGGGGCUGCAUCUCCGUCGCCUCCUCCCCCCGCCACGGCUCCACCUUCUCCCUCUCCCUGCCCUUCACGCCUGCCUCCUGCCCAGACGAGAGUGUACGUGGUGUGGCACCAGCGCUGCAGGACUACGAUGGGAACAAGCAGGAGCUGCUGCCUAGUCAUGCUGGUGAGCUGCUGCAACAGCAGCACCAGCAGCAGCAGCAGCAGCAGCAGCAUGGGUCAGAGGAAAAGGGAGGUGGUGUGAAACCAGUUGGUGGAAGUAUGAAGGGGAGACGGAGUGCGGAAGAUGCGUGUGAGGGGUCUGAAGGGGUAGCAGCUGCAUCUGAGUCAGGUCAAGCCCGAGAGGGUGGCGCAUUUCCCAAGUCCCCGUCUUGUGGCGGGGUGUUUGAGGGGCUGCGGUGCCUGGUGGUGGAGGACAACGCGGUGAACCGCAUGGUGGUGGUGCAGCUGCUGAGGAACCUGCGAGUCUCGUGUGACGUGGCAGAGAAUGGCCACAAGGCCGUGGAGGCCUGCCGCUCCACCAACUACCACAUCAUCUUCAUGGUAUGUCCGUGCAUGGUCUCUCUGUUGAUCCCUGAUUGCUUUCCACCAACUACCACGCCAUCUUCAUGCGCUGCUCUAGCCGAUCUGCUCGGCCUGCCGCAAUGCGACCUGGCGGGAAAGCGCGUGCAGUCGCUAGUUCACCCCUCCGACAGAGCCGCCCUGGAGGCCGCUGUGUGGGAGUGCGCAGCAGACACCAGCAGGCGGAAGCGGCAGGUGUGGGUGCGGCUAUCAGUGCGAGUGCAGGGCGAGGAGGGGAAGGGUGGCGAGAGGGGCGAGGGGGAGACAUUGGGAGAAGGUAAGAGUGGCGCAGAGCCGGGAGAGGAGAAGAGGGAGGGCGAGGGUGGGGGAAAAGGAGGGGAGGAGGAGGCGAGUCGGAGGGGCAGCAGCUGCAGCAACAGUAACGAGUGGCGGUGGUUUGAAGUGUCCGUGUCCCUGGCUUCGUGUGCUACAAAUUUGACGAGAGCCAAGGAUCACUCCUCCAAGGAUCACAGGAUGGUUCUCUGCACCUUCCUGGACGCCACGGAGCAGGGGCUGCGUCAGUCUCUCGCUCCCUCCCUUUAUCCUUCCCUCCCUCCCUCAAUCCCUCCCCUUAUCCCUCCGUUCCUCCCUCGCUCCCUCCCUUUCUCCCUCCGUCCCUCCCUCGCUCCCUCCCAUUAUCCCUCCCUCUCUCCCUCGCUCCCUUUCUCCCUUUCUUCCCCGCUCCCUCCCUUUAUCCCUCCCUCCCUUUAUCCCUCCCUCCCCCCCUCGCUCCCUCCCUUUAUCCCUCCCUCCCUGUCUCAAUCCCUCCCCUUAUCCCGCCCUCCCUCUCUCCCUCCCUCCCUCCCUCCCUCCUCGGAACAAGUGCUGAUGCUGCAGCAGCUGAGGAAGCGGUUCCAGUUGUCACCCUCUCUUUCUUCCCUUCCCUCUCCCCCCCUCCUCUGUUCCCUGAGACCAGGCGCUGAUGCUGCAGCAGCUGAGGGAGUUGGUGCUGGUGGUGAUGGCGUUGGUGCUGGUGCUGGUGGUGGUGGUGGUGCUGCUGCUGGUGCUGGUGCUGGUGCUGGUGGUGUUGACAGUGGGGAGGAGGGGCGGGUGUGUAUGUGGAAGGAGGCGGAGUGGCUGAUAGAGCAAGUGAGGGAGGCGUUGCUCCUGGGGCACGAGAAUGCCAAGUUCCGAGCCAUCUUUGAUCUUUCCAUUGACCCUAUUCAGGUGUUCACAAUCCCUGACUGGAUCCUUCGGGAUUGCAACGACGCCACAGUUCAGAUCAUCGGUUACCCCUCCAAAGCGGCCGCCCUCUCCAAUCUCAGCAUCGUAAAGCAGUCCCCCGAGUUCCAGCCGAACGGGCGGCAAAGUUUGGAGUAUUUCCUGGAGAUUCUGGACGGGAUUAUGAGAGAGGGCGGCCUGCCGCCCUUUGAGUGGGACAUGUUUUCGUUGGAUGGCCGCCCCUGCACGGUUCUUGUCAAGGGCAAGGUGGUGACGGUGAACGGGAUCUCAUACUAUGUAUCGGUGUGGCACGACAUAACGGAGAUGAAGCGCAAGGAGGAGGAGCUGAAGGCGGCCAAGGAGGCGGCGGAGGCGGGCAACGAGGCGAAGAACCGGUUCCUGGCGAACAUGAGCCAUGAGCUGCGCACCCCCAUGAAUGGCGUCAUCGGUGUCGCUGAGCUGCUCCUCCGCACCCCCCUCACCCCGCAGCAGCGCUCCUACGUAGACGUCAUCUCCUCCUCCGGCAACGCGCUCAUCCAUAUUAUCUCCGACGUGCUUGACAUCUCGAGGAUUGAGACGAAAUCCCUGGUUCUCGAUCACUCCCCGUUCAACCUCCACCACACUGUGAACGAGGCCGUGGAGGCCGUGAGGAUCGCGGCCGAAAGCAAGAAGCUUAAGUUGCAGAGCCGGGUGGGCGUGGGCGUGCCGGAGUGGGUGGAGGGGGAUCAGUUGCGGGUGAGGCAGAUCCUCCUCAAUCUGCUCUCCAACGCCAUCAAGUUCACUGACCACGGCCAAGUCCUCCUCUCCGCCGCCCUCUCCCCCAACCCCUUUGAAUCUGAAGCCUGUGGGGAAGUUCGUCACGGAGUGGCUUUACCAGGUGUGGCUUCGCCAGGUGUGGAUGAGGAGGGGAGGGUGGCAGGAGAGGCAGGGAGGCCUGCAGUUGGACAGAUGGAGGGGGGCCACAAGCGGCAGCAGCAGCCGCAGGGAGAGAAAGAGGAGGAGGAGGAGGAGGAGGAGGAGGAGGAGGAGGAGGAGGAGGAGGAGGAGGAGGAGGAGGAGGAGGAGGAGGAGGAGGAGGAGGAGGAGGAGAAGAAGAAGGGGGCCGGCCUCGCUGCUGCCUCACUCUCUUUCCCCUCCAGACUCUCUGACUCACCUGCUGUGCCGCCAGCUGUAGCACCAGCUGUAACUACAGCAGAUGAUAUGGCAGCCACAGGUGGUGCAGGCACAGCAGCACCGGCUGUAGCAGGAGCAGGGGAGGCCAUGGAUGUAGCAGAGGCGCCACCAGCCGAGGCUGUGACAGGAGGUCUGGGAAUGGAUGUAGCAUGUUUCUCAGGCGUGGCAGCAGCAGCAGAACUGGAGCAUCCCACGACAGACGCUGCAGCUGUUGCAACACACGCAGCGGCCGGCAUGAGGUGUUCAGACGACUCAGCGUUUGCUGCUGCUCCCACCUCUGCUGCAGCAGAUGCCGCUGCAGUCUCCAUCCCUUCCUUCCACUCCCACCCCCUGGCCAAUCCGACUCAAAAAACAAGCGGAACAAAAGCGGAGCGAGCGGGAGAAGCCAACACAGAAGGCCGGAACGGCAGCAGCAGCGAGGAAGGCAGCAGGAAAACGGGCAGAGAAGGGGAGGAGGAGGCGGCCAAGGGGCGGGUGCGGGUGUGGGUGAGAGUAGACGUGAAGGACACAGGCAUGGGUCUGUCAGCCAACGCGAUGACGCGCCUCUUCUCCCCAUUCUGGCAGGUGGACGACUCGUCGUGCCGCAAGCACGGCGGCACGGGCCUGGGUCUCUCCAUCUGUCGCUCACUCGCGGCGCUCAUGGGGGGCUGCAUCUCCGUCGCCUCCUCCCCCCGCCACGGCUCCACCUUCUCCCUCCACCUGCCCUUCACUCCUUCCUCUGCCCCCCGCCUGGCUGGGGAUUCCCAGCAGCAGCGGGAGGAGGGUGUGCGGAGUGGUUUGGAGCGGUUGGGGAUUUGUAACCAAGGCGUGGCGAGCAGUUUAGCGCGUGAGAUGCACGGGGUCAUGGUAGGAGGUGCUGAGAGGCGGGGAGGGCGAGGAUUGGGCUUUGCGGUGGAAAGGCGAGGAGAAGGGGUUGAGGAGACAAAAGAGAGCGGCAGCAGGGGUGGCAGCAGGAGCGGCAGCAGCGGCGACGGGAGCGGCAGUGGGAGCAGGAGUGGUGCUGCUGGUGCUGAUGGUGGUGCCACGGCUGCUGCUGCUGCUGCUGCUGCUGGUGGCGGCAGCAGGGAGGGAGGCCCGUUCGCGGGGCUGCGGUGCCUGGUGGUGGAGGACAACGCGGUGAAUCGCAUGGUGGUGGUGCAGCUGCUGAGGAACCUGCGAGUCUCGUGUGACGUGGCAGAGAAUGGCCACAAGGCCGUGGAGGCCUGCCGCUCCACCAACUACCACGUCAUCUUCAUGGACUGCCACAUGCCAGUCAUGGACGGGUUUGAAGCCACCAUGCGCAUCCGGGAGCUUCAGUCCAGCGCCCACAUCGCCCCCAUCGCCCCCAUUCCAGGCUCCAAUGCAGUUGAACCCGUGCCCUCCCAGCCAACCCAACUCUCUGAAAAUCACCACCUAACAGAAGCUCACAACUCUCGUAGUAGAUUACACGCAGAGCAGGGAGAGGGGCAGCGGAAGGAGCAGCCAGAGGAGCAGCGAUCGGAGCAGCGAGAGGAGGAUGAGAGGGCUGAUCAGGGAAGGGUACCUCAGCAGCACUCUAAUGUCUCAGAGGAGGAAGAGAGAAGGGCGGGGCACAACAAUGUUGUGCAGAGGUCGACAAUAUAUGCUGUCACUGCGAGCACCAUGAAGCACGAGAGGGACAAGUGUGCGCAUGCAGGCAUGGAUGGGUUUCUGGCCAAGCCCAUCCGCCUGAGGGACCUUGAGCAGGUGCUCUCCCAGAUCGUGGCAAAGGAUCGGCUGUAG